UCUUCGGAUCAGCACACUGUACUACACAACCAUCAGAAUGCAACGUCUUGUUGUUAUCGCCUGCCUGGUGGCCGUGGUUGUCGCCGACAGCUACAAGACGCCCAUUCCGAUCCUGAAGGACGACCGAACACAGAACGCCUACGGCGAGUACAGCUUCGACUUCGAGACUGGAAACGGCAUCGCCAGGAACGAGGCCGGAAAGCAGGCUGAUGGGCAGGAGUCCUCUGGAGGAUGGAGCUACACCGCUCCUGAAGGCGUCCCCAUCAAGCUGAGCUUCACCUCCGGCGUGGGCGGUUACCAGCCCGUGGGCGAUCACCUUCCCGUGGCACCCACGCCAGUGCCUCUUCCCUACGAACGCAACGACUACUGAACUCUCCUUCUCUAAUAUCGAUGCGAAUCUGAAAUUAUCUAUGAUAAUAUAUCUAUUUUUUAUUAUUUAUUGAACGAAAUUCGUUCUCAUCAGAUUCGCUCAAUAAAACUUUGACAUAUAUGUUAUCUUCUUGUAUACCCAUAUUUAUAUGUCUCAUUCCCACAAUCAGUAUAAUCCGAUUUUGAAUGCUGAUUAAUAUUGUGAAGUCAUCGUGCA